AAGAGUCACUUAUAAAUCUUUGGACAUUUCAUGCCUCUUAUCAGUCGUAGAGAAGAUCUGGAAAUGUUGAUAUUACUAAGUCUUCUGUUCUAUCAGCAAAUCUGUUUUGCUUUUGAAUAUACUGAUGAACUCCGUAUGUUAGCGAAUAGAGUGGCCCAGUUGGAGAGGACUAUUGGAAAAGAACAGCAGAAUUCAGUGCACGGAGAAUUUCAAUCAGUGAAUUUGGAGUUAAAAUCAGAUAUUCCACAUCCAGACUUCAGCAGAACAGAUAAGCCACGUAUUCAGGAAACUGAAUUACACAUACCAGGCAAAGGCACGAACGAUUCAAAACUUAAAACCUGUGAUGAUCGAAUUCAAGCUUUAGAGAGAACAGUUCGUGAAUUAUCCAAGCUUUUCAAAGUUCAGGAAAACGAUAUCCAACAUAUUCACAAUCUUGAAGCAAGACUUGAUGAACAGGAAAAAAUCAUUUCAUAUUUAAGAAAGCACAUUUCAGAAAAUGAAAUCAAUAUUCAAACAAUUCAAAAUGAAGAAAUGAUACCUAAAGGCAUAGAAAUUAAGGAAUCUGAUGCAUCCCUACCUAAUGAAACUGGAAUAUCCAAAAUCCAAAGGAUUAAGGAGAAAAACAGUCCUUCUGUAGCAAAUAUCAACAAAAAGCGAUUGCUUUCCCCUGUAACAACAACACCAUAUCCUUCUUACAUGAGUAAUCCCAUUGCCUUCUACGCCUAUAUGUCGAAAAACACACCAACAGUAACAAUUCAGCAUCCCUUGUCCUUUGAUGUCGUUAAAACCAACUUUGGAAAUGGGUAUCACUCCACCACGGGGGUAUUCAUGGUGCCGGAAAGCGGGGUUUAUGUGUUUACUUGGACGAUCAGAAUUGGUGAUAAUAAUCAUCAUUCAACACAGUUGAUGGUGAAUACGGAUGAACUGGGUAUAAUUUACUCACAUGUUGCCUCGGAUUCAGAUGUUGGAGGAACAGGUAUUGUUGUGGCGCACGUCGAUAAAGGAGACGAUGUUUACGUGAGGACACAUGCUUCGUGGAAUAGUGGAGCUAUUUAUAGUACUACUGCAGGAAGAUCUUCAUUUGCAGGCUGGAAACUAUUUUAA